GUGAAAUUUGAUACCAGAAGACAUGCAUUGCGUCCACGAAAACAACAGGCAUCAUGAGACUGAAUACAACCCUGAGUUCAUCAGGGGAAACAACUCCAAAUUCUGAGAAUUACACUAUAGCAACUGUACUGUCAGAACUGACUUCCAAGGUGUUGAGAGAAACAGAAUCUACAGUUGCACCAUCAAGAUCUAGCUGGCAGACCUCUGCAGCACCUGUCUUAUCAACGUCCACGCUAUCACAAGUGUUUCAACAAACUGUGACUAAUUUGUCGACAAGCACAACCACAUUUGUUCCUCUUCCCAUGAAUUCUACGAAUGCUACAGGGUCACCAGACAUCCUGGGUGGGUGCAGUGACUGGCAGGAAGUUCAACACGCCCUGUUCCAGCUAGCCAAUCUGUGCCUGGUUUUAUCCUUUCUAACACCUACUAACUUCCAUCACCACGCAUUCUUUCUGCGGUUCAUUCUUGGCUUUGGAUAUUUGUUUUUCUCAAUAUGGGCGGGAAUUUUUGUGUGCAUGCCGGAUGUGCUCAGCUGGAAUUGUUUAUUCUUUGUGGUGAAUACUGGACAUUUGUCAUUACUUCUGUACAGAAUGUUUCCAACGAGGUUCCGAAGCGAGUUAGAUGAAUUAUACAGCAAAGUAUUUAAACCCCUAAAAGUGACACGUCAGCAGUUCAAAGACAUCAGUGACCAAGGUGAACUUUAUGUGCUGACAAGGGGAACAUAUUAUGCAAAGGAAGGCUGCACAGAAGGGGGACGCAAACUCUCCAUACUCGUAAAAGGCAGGUUAAAAGUGAUGUAUCAGCAGUUGUUUCUACAUUUCAUAGAGGCAGACCAGCUGGUGGACUCACCUGAGUAUGACUCCUAUCGGCUAACUGGACACACUGGCACUACCUUCCAGGUUUCAAUAGAAGCAGCUGAUGACAGUCUUUUAUUGACAUGGCCCAUUCCUCAGCUGAAAAACCAUCUAGAUACAGACAGUUUCAUGGCAUCCAUUCUGCAUGUGCUUGUGGGCAAGGAUGUCAGUACCAAAUUAUACCAAAUCCAAGAACUGUUACUGACCAAUCCAAAUUAUAUGCAGUCUGUGUCCAGUCGGCGGUCAUCUCUGGUCAAUGUCCGAAGUGCAAUCGUAACCAAUAAAUCCAAUUCAGACCUGACCAGACUAACCUGCUUCGGUAUAGAUCUCAAAGGUUGGCCUUCAUCAUCUUCAGCUUCAAAUUCAAAUUUUGAUGCCUCACAGUAUCCAAAAGACACUUAUGAAAGUUGUGUAUGACAUCAUCAGAAUUGUAUCUGACAACACUCUUGAUGACAUCAUUGUACAUCAUGAUCAAUAACAAUUAGUUAUUUUAUCAUGUAAAUAAUUCCAUGUGAUGACAUCAUAACUGCUGUGUACCACAUCAUCAAAUAUUGUAUUUAACGCCAAGACAACAGAUAUACAGAUGUCAAAGUCAUCUUGGAAGACCAGUACAUUCCCAUCUGACCUAGCUUGUCAGUAUUUUGAAGAAAUGGAUUUAUUUUUGCAUAGAAGUGUUUAUGUUUCCAAUUAGUGCCCAGGUAUAUAUUAUUUAUGUUUUAACCCUUUCACCCCUAGGUUCCUUGAGUAGACUCUACCAUACAUUUAUCUGGAUGAAUCCAUUACGGUCUACAUUGGUGAAAGGGUUAACUAAAUUAAACUAGCUGUUGGACCUCAUAUUCACUUAACAUCUCGAAUAGUGAAUUCAACCAAAGACAAAUCUUAGCAAAACUGAAAGUUUACAAAUUUCAGUCAUUUUCUUCUCUUUAGUACAUAUUCUCAAUAUUUUCAUAAAUCGAAGACUGGCCAUGCAGUGACUGAUAUAUUUCGACAAAGAACUGAAGCAACACAUGGACAAGGGGAGGUAAUCCUUGGUACAUGUUCAACUCGAAUUAUUUUGUGAUUUUUCAGCAUAUAUGCACUUUUAAAUCUCUUACACUAUGUAUCUAGAUUUAAGAAUAAAACAACAACUAU